AUGGCUAGCACAAGCUCCUACCGCAGGUGGGAGCCACUUCCCAAACUCCUCUAUGGCCUCGCCACCCAUCCUUUCUCGCCAGAGACGGACGCGCUCGAAUCGUCGACUCUCCCGCUCGAGUCGCUUCCAGCAGACGUCGUCCAGGACCUGUACGAGAACCUCAUUGCUCUCGAGCUUGGUGACGAAGUCUAUGUAUUUGAGCAGUUCGGCCAUACUGACGUCAACUGGUACCGAGGUUAUGUCGUAUCCACCAAUCGUCUCCCCGCCGUCGCCACCAGCGCCAGCAGUCUCAGCGACUAUAGCACAAUCCAUGCGCUCGGUCAGCAGUCAAGCCCUUUUGCCAACGAAGAGCCGCAAGUCUACGUCGGUGUAUUCCCCAAAACACAUGUCCACAUCCGUGAGCAGCUCGACGACGCAGAGAUGCGACUGGCUUCCGUUUACGAGCACGCACAGCAGCUCGGUGUGAUCGGUGCCACUGCACCUCUACCGCGUCAGAGAAGGAACAUGGACACUUUGCCCGAGUUGGACGAAUCCACAUCCCAACCUUCCAGUCCCAACCAGCCGCCAAGAGCGCAACUGCCUUCCAUUGAUGUCGUCGGUCAGGAGAUCGGAACAGACGGCCAGCUCGUUGAGCGUCCACCACCGCCACUUCCGAGUCUCAAAUGCGGCGAUGAAACGCUCGCCGGCGUGUACGAACCCUUGGUCGAUGAGAUCGCAUGCGCUUUGCGCGAAUGGUCAGCGCUGACAUAUAAAUACCUUGGCCAACGCGACUAUGAGCUUCUCAACACAAUCAAGCAUCACAUUGACGUCCUCUUUGUGGCACGCAAACAGCUUCUUGCCCAGACGCUUUCCGCCGAAGAAGUAGCCAAGCUCAGAAGGGAAUGUGUCGCGCGUCUGGUCAAGGCCAACGUCGCCCAAGGUCUCGACGUCAUCGUACGCCAUCCUGGUCGCGGCGGUCUCGUCGAUUUUGACAUCAACACCAAGGACGCUGAUCCCGACAGCUGGGUCAGCGGCAUCCGUCUCUCGGCUCUUCAGGCUGCGCUCGCCUAUGUCGAUCAACAAGACGACGCUGCAUCCACUGCUACGCCCGGUGGCAUGGAUUUGUCCGCCUCUAGCGCGUUUGGCAUCACAGCGCCUACAACCACAAGUGCAGGUGUGCUCGCCGGCAUUUCCGACGACUCUUCGCGCCACCCAGCAACCGCAACGCGGAAGGGCUCCAUCUCGAACCCACAACGCGCUCGAUACGGCUCCCUCGCUUCCACCAACCCACGCGGCAAUGACAGCGCCGCGGCCAAGUACUUUCAUGUGCUGAUCGACCUCCGCGCGUUUGUUGCAACCCCAUGCACCGCCGGUGAGGUGGUGGAGCUCUACUUUUCGCUUUACAAUCGAGCCGAAUCGCGUUUUCUCACCGAAGAGUUUUGCAUCAUGCUCAACCACCGUGGUGUUCCCGUCCGCGACUCGGCGGGAGCGUCUAGCAAGAUGCAUGCUCUCUUCACCGAACUAAGCGCCAGCGACAUGCAGGACCUCAAUGUGGUCUGCCGCAUCAUAAGGAACGGAGGCAUGCGUGUGGGUGACAUCAAAGCCACGCCGCUCGGCGCCGCAGGCCAGGAUCAGCCACACGAUCGCGCCGACGCCUUUGCUGAUCCUUCACUAGCCAAUACCCCCUCGUUCCGCCCUAAACGCAUGGCCGGCGAUCACUCGUUCCGUCGGCCGUUCGGAUGCGCCGUCGUCGAGCUCGGCCAGCACCACAAUUUUCAAACCGAUGUCGCCUCUUGCUCCACGAUGAAGGAACAUGUCAUGCCCAUCUUUGUUCCUGUCAACGAAGCCGCCUUCAGCACGCUUCAUCAGGACAUCAUCGCAUCCAGAACACGCGAAUUCGAAAAGUCGUCGCGAGCCGACAUGCUAGCCAUCAACGUGAAGGUUUUCCAUGGAGAGACGUCUGCCGUGAUCCGCGAGAACCCAUCGCUGCUUCAGGAUGUAGCUCAGGCGGCUCGUCUUGGCUUCCCGGACGUCGUCUUUCCUGGCGACCAACGCAACGAAGCCUACAUCAAGCUUUGGAGUGGCGAGUUCUACCCUUCGAGCAACAAGAUGGCUGGCAAUUCGCUCAGAAACAUCCAGGUCUCGGUUGAAGUGCGCACCCGGGACGGUCGUGUGGUUGAAGAUGUCAUCUCCCGCGGCGCAGGCGAGCCCUUACUGACACAAUUCGACAGUCUCGUCUUUUACCAUCAAAAUGCUCCCACGUGGGGCGAAUUGGUCAAGCUGCAGUUACCGCGCGAUAUCAUGGAAGACUGUCACCUCUUCUUCUCGUUCCGCCAUCGAAGCACCAAGGAGGAGCGUGGUUUGGCUGCAGCUAGCAAUGUCACGCAUGGUAGUCCCGCUCCGCAGUCGUCCUCUUCUGUGGCCAUAUCGCGUCCCUUUGCCUAUGGUUAUCUUCCUUUGUUCGAGUCGAGCCGUGCCUUCAUCCCGGAUGGCAGCCAUACACUCUUUCUUUGGCGCACAAACAGACCUCCCGCUCAGAUCGGUCCCGAUCUCUACUUCAAUCUGCCACCCGUCACACCUGCCGGGCGCAACAUCAACGACGUUGUGCCUACCAAUCUUGCGUCCACAGUGCAGCCUCUUCGUGAUAUCCUCACCUUGCGCACUUUCCUAGUCUCGACCAAAUACUCGCAGAACGACGUCCUGUUAAAGCUGCUCAAUUGGGAGCAUCUGCUCGCUGAUGACUUUGAGGAGCUGAGAAGCGUCCUCAACCAAUUCACCUUUGUCGGAGAGGUCGAGAUCGUCAAGUUCUUGCGAGACAUUUUCGAUUCGCUGUUUGGCAUUGCUACCAGUAGUCGCAACAGCCGCGGCGAGCUUGACGAUCUGGUCUUCAACAGUCUCGUCACCGUGCUCGGCAUCGUGCAGGACCGUCGGUUCACCAACUUCCGCGCCACGCUUGACGUCUAUAUCGAACGCCACUUCAAAUUUACCACAGCGCACAACAAGUUGAUCGCCUCCAUGUCCAAGCUUAUGGCCGAUCCAUGUCGACCUGAGACAUCCAAGGACCUUCGUGCGGCUAUCAAGGUGUGGCCGUAUCUGUUCAAAUUUGCGAUUCAAAGCCGCGAGAACCAGAGGGGCGACCGUGAUGUUGGCGGAGGGGCCGUCCUAGAUCAUCUCGAGGCUGGCUUCAAACGCGAGCUCGAAGGGCUGCUGCGCAGCAUCAAUCAGCUCAUGAGUGCUACUAAGCCCUCUUCGAUUAUUGGCACCCAGACGCUCGCGCUUCAACAUUUUGCAGGCAUCCUCCCCGAUUUGGCUCGCAUUUUCACCACCGAUGAGCUGGUUCGCGUCGCCUCCGCUUUCGCAGACAGCGUGUUCAUCACCAAGGGCAAGAUGGCCAUCUGGAAACUGCUUCACAUUCUGCAGGUGACCCAAGGCUCACUCUUUGAAGAGCAAGCAUCGCGUUCACAGCUGAUCCCGAGCGUAGUCCGAUGGAUCCGUCCGCAUCUCGGACCCUACGACGAAGCUGCGCAUGUUGCAGUCAAUGCUCAUGAAAAUGCUCGUGACGCUGCCAGAGUGUCGUGGCUUGAGGCGGCACGCCUCGCUGUCACCAUUCUGGCUGUCAUCCUGGAUCGUCUGCAGGUAUCUUUGGCUUCCGAUCCAGCAGAUGGGUCACAUGGCACACGAGGAAAUGGGCGCAUCAAGACUCGCCAGGAGCAGGACGAUGUGGAUUAUCUACUCACCAUGAUGCCCAAGCUGCUCGAGACCUACCGUGAGAUGUCGAGUCGAGCCACAAUCCGGACGCUCGAGCGACACCGCGCGCCAUCUACUACGCCGUCGCCCGUACCAGUCGUCUUCCCUUCCAGCUAUCCUUUUCCGCUCGUCGCCAAGCGACCGCAGGGAGGUGCGUCCGUGGUCAAUGGACCCUCGUCGCGUCGGAACCGCCGACGCGAUCGUACCGAAUUUCUCAACUGUGGUCUUGUCGAGAUCAGCGCUGUACUCAUGGUGCUGAUCGUAUUAAGCCCGAGAAAGCAUCUUUCGAGCUUCCUCGACGAGGAAAGAGAUCUCGGCGGCGCAGAGCGAACGUCCAAGGUACUGCUAGACUUCUUCGAGGUGGCGACCUCGGUCCUAUCGUAUGAGGCUUUCCCUAACACAUGGCUCAACCUGAACAUCUUCAGUCAUCAAAUGGUGCUCAAGAUGGCCGAUCCGAUUGCAUCGAUCAUGGUGCGUCACUACAUUCCUUCCGCUGAACAAAGCGAUAAGUUCGACACCACGCUCUGGCGGUCGUGCCUGACCAUGGUGCUGACAUUGCUGUCGAGCGACCAGCUGGUGAUUGAGCAGUUCAAACCACAGAGGCGUAGGGCCGUGUGGAGACUAGCGGGCGACAUUCGAGGCGAGGGGGCCCAGAUCUUUGCCAAGCUGUGGACUUCGAUCGGAUGGCCUGAAAAGGCAGUUGAAGAGGUCGGUGGAGACGAAACGAGCCAAGCCGACGAGCGCAUGAACACAGGCGGUUUCCAGGUGCAAUUUGUUCCGUCCCUGGUGGAACCCGUGCUCGAGCUGUGCCUGUCGCACCACGACGAGCUCAGGACAUGCGCGGUGCGUGUCUUGGCUACCAUGAUCACCUCCGAGUGGCACCUGAACGGCAACUUCACCGUGAUCGAGGCAGAAAUCAUCGACAAGCUCGACAUUCUCUUCAUGACGCGCACCAAGGGUGACGAGAUCUCGCGUGCCUUUUUCAUCGGACAACUGCGCGCGCUGUUUGACAAUCCGAACGUCGAUGCUGGUCUACGUGAUCAGGUCAAUGCUUGCUUGGUGUCGGUGAACCGCUUCCUUGAUUUGCUGCUCAGUGUACGAAGCUUGCCUUUAGAGGAAGGCUACGAAGAUGACCGCGUCGCUGGCACGCUCAAGUUGCUUGGAUUCUUGCGGCAAACCAAUAGGGUUUCGGCCUUCUCUACUCACGUGUUGCGCCUGGUCAACCUGCAUUUGGAAAACUUCAAUUAUGUCGAAGCAGCACUCACGCUGAAACUGCAUGCCGAUCUUCAUUCGUGGGAUAUGGACAGCUUUGUCGAGCCAAUCGCCGAUCUGGAUCUGCCACGUCAGUCGCACUUUGCCCGCAAGGAGACGCUCUACAUGCUCAUCCUCGACUAUUUGGGCAAAGGCAAGGCGUGGGAGAUCUCGGUCGAUAUCUGCCGCGAGCUUGCACAGCAGUACGAAUACCGCUCGGUCGACUAUGUUCGUCUGGCCGAAGUGCUUCAGCACCAAGCCAAGCUGUACCAGAUGAUCGCCAGCGAGGAACGUGCGUUCUCGGCGUAUUUCCGCGUCGCCUACUACGGGCAGCAGUGGCCGGCGUCGCUGCAGGAUAAGAUGUUCGUCUACCGCGGACACGACUGGGAAAAGUUUGGCGCCUUCUGCGACCGCCUGCACGCCAAGCACCCCAGUGCCACACUCAUCAAGAGCGCCGCCUUGCCCGACGACGAGGUGCGCUUGUCCGAGGGCCAAUUUGUGCAGGUGACGGCGGUGCAGCCAGAACCUGAUCGUUCCAAGGACAUCUUCACAAAUGCUGAAGUACCGCCAACCGUACGGGCCUACUAUGAGAACAACGGCACCGACCUUUUCUCGUUUGUGCGACCGCUCGACAAGCCGGGCGGCGUGGCGUCGGAGCAGUGGACGGAAAAGACGUAUCUGCGCUGCGAAGACGCAUUUCCUACGGUGCUUCGACGCAGUGAGGUGGCCGAGGUGUACGUGGUGGAGAUCAGUCCAUUGGAAAAGGCAGUGGAGGAUGUCAAGGCCAAGACAGCCGAGCUCGCUAUGCUGGAGAACAAGUAUACGUCGAUCCGCAAGGUGUCGACGGGUAAGAUCAACACAAAUCGACUGUCGAUGGCGCUCAACAGCGCGGUCGAUGUUCCAGCGGAAAGUGGUGUACCCAUGUACAAGAGCACGUUCUUCGCUCCCGAGUACGUUGCAAGGCACGAGAAUCAGCAAGAAGCGGUGGCCGAACUGAGACAGGCUGUCGAUGUGCAAGCCAUGGUGUUGUUCCGCUGCAUCCGACUGCACGCCCAACUAUGCCCGCCGGAGAUGAAGCCGUUCCACGAAACAUUGGAGCGCUUCUUCCUGCAAAACUUUAGCGAAGAGAUCCAGCGACUAGAACUAGAUGUGCGACAGCUAGGCGAGGCAGGAUCCACGUCGCUGGACCGUGGCAGGGCGGUGGGCGCAAGUUUAGAGGACGACGCAAGGAGGUCGCCCGAGCGAACGAUGAGCCGAGGCUUUACGAUGGGUAUGGGUGCGAUGGAUCGUGCUGUUAAUGGCUCUGGCUUUUCGGCGGCUGAGGAAGGCAGACAGGACCUGCAGACAAGUGCAAAGGCCAACCGCGGCGGUGGCGUGGUUCAGUCGCCCCUGCAGCGACACAUUGCUUCUUUGACGAGGCAAAUUGACUAUCUCGCGGUCAGCGAGGAAGAGCCAAGAGCACCGGCGAUGCCUAGCAACAAUGCUAUGAGUCGAUCCGAGUCCAACACCUCACUCACGCAUGGCGGCACCGGCUCGUCUGUCACCGACCGAUCUGCGACUGUACAUGCGCUUGCGAGCAAGGGUCUGCCAUCUAUCACGGAAAACUCGGUAGGUGAUACUGCUGUUAUGCCCGUUGCUGCUCCAGCUGUCUCUGGUGGUGCUAUUGUGAGUGCUGGACAUGCACAGGACAGCACGAUCCACAGCAGCAGCAGCAAGCAAUCCAUCUCUCGAUAUGAGUCGAACCAUUCGAUUGCGAACAUGGGCGCGACAAAAGGGGCAAUCACAUCUGGAACAAAGCAAGCCAGUGCCACCGGGCCUGGGAAUCGCCUUAGCAAGCUCAUGGGCGGCGUUGGCCGAAGAAAGGCCUCCAAUCCGUAG